AUGGAUGCGCUUGUAGACCAUGUUCGAAGCGUGGCCAAGACGAGCAGCGACAGCCAGCGCAAGGAAAUAUUGAACCAACUGCGCACGUUGGCCCAUUCCUUGGAGACUUCAGACGACACGAUCCAGAGACUGACGUUUUCCUGGUUGGAACUGGCGGUCGUCUACAUUGGCAUUGAUUUGAAACUGUUUUCUCACUUGAUUGAGAGCGCGAGUCCCCUGUCAGUCGCCCAGCUCAGCGAAAAGACAGAAGCCAGUCCCGCCCUUCUUGCUCGCAUUCUGAGGUAUCUCGCUUCUAUCGAUGCUAUCCAGGAGACCGACAAAGACACCUUUGCUGCAAACAACAUCACCGACACCCUUAGUACCAUCGCGGCAGAAGCUGCAAUUCAUCACUAUUUUGAGUCGAUGAACCCGGCUAUUGCGGAGCUUCCUGGCUUAUUGAAGGAUCUCAAAUACGCCGAUCCCGAAGACAACACCAACACGGGCAUCCAGCGGGCAUUCAAAACAGACCUCCCGGCCUUUCUCUGGCUGCAGGGCGAUGCGGAGAAAGUCUCUUAUUUCCAGACGUACAUGGCCACCGUUCGGUUCGGUGACAAACCGACUUUCCUAGACAAGUAUCCAGUUGAAGAAAAGAUCACCAAUCUCAGUCCGGAUCGGCCUCUGUUUGUCGAUGUUGGAGGAGGCUUUGGAUCACAAGCCGUCGCGUUUAAGCAAAAGUACCCCAACCUGCCAGGCAGAAUAAUUUUUCAAGACCUCCCACAAACUGUUGAGCAGGUAGCCACGCCUCCCGGGGUCGAAGGCGUGCCAUAUGACUUCUUUCAACCUCAGGGGAUAAAGGGCGCGAAGUUCUACUAUCUGCGCAAUAUCUUCCACGACUUCCCCGAUGAUAAGUCGCGACUGAUCCUUAAGAACUUGAUUGAUGCACUAGCAGACGAUUCCUUGAUUCUAAUCGAUGACAUGGUUUUGCCGAACAAGGGCGCCCACUGGCAUACGACACAGAUAGACUUGUUGAUGAUGGCUACCCUGGCAUCUCGCGAGCGUACCGAAGAGCACUGGCACAAGCUCCUCGGGAGCGUCGGUCUCAAGAUCAGCAAUGUAUAUACUUAUACCGACCCCUUUAGAGAUAGCAUCAUCGAGGUUAUUCGUGCGUAG